AUGGCGAAUUCUCUUUGUUCCGUACAUCCCAUCUCCUUCAAGACCCUCGACAAACCCAGGCUUAUUAGCGGAAACUUUGCUAAUAGGAAGGUUGAAUGGAUCAAUGAUUGCACCGCCAGUUCGAGAAAAGCUAAUUUUGAAGCUUUAAAGGUUAAGGCUACAGACAGCAAACCAAGCACCAAAUCAAGUAGCAUAGUUUGUAUUGAUUGUGAGGGUAAUGGUGCUAUAGCAUGUUCACAGUGCAAAGGUUCUGGAGUUAACUCUGUAGAUCACUUCAAUGGACAGUUCAAAGCUGGAGCACUGUGUUGGCUUUGCAGGGGUAAAAAGGAGAUUCUGUGUGGUAAUUGUAAUGGCGCAGGCUUCAUUGGCGGUUUUAUGAGCACACAUGAUGAUUAA